UUGUUAUUAUUUGUUAUUAUUAAUUUGUGUUGUCAAUGAAAUAACAUAUUCUCGUACCUUACAAUAUCUUAUAAUUGCAGCUUACGCGAAAGAAAUGGCUGCUUCAGAGACAUCACCUGAAGCACCCCCUCUACCUCGACGAAAGAAGUUCAUACCCAAAUAUGAAGUGGAAGGAGUACACAAAGUAAUACUCACUGAAGACACACAAACACUCAUCGGUAUGUUUGUUGGAACUGAUAUCAUUGCUCAAUACCCGUGGAAGAUGGUACCAAAAGAAAGAAUUAUGGACAGUAUUGACCUCUCACAUGAAAAUUCUGAGUUUUAUCACCUGAAAGCAGACCUAGAAGCCUAUGAGGAUGAAGAGAUACUGAUGGGUUACAUUGUCGAUGACUCUAGAAAUAAUGAUGAGUUUUAUAUCUGUGUUACUUUAGAGGCAAGAGAUCAUUGUCAAGAACAAUCCGAUCGAUUUAUAAGACGCCAAGAGAAGAAACUUGAAAAAGCAAUUCAAAAGAAACCUCGACCGUGGGUAAGCUUAGGAAGUGAGCUUGAAUUGACUGAGCUUAUUCCGAUAAAUACACGAUCUUUAAUAGAGGUUGAAAUUAAAAGCAAAUUUCCUACUACAUAUGACCCUGCAAUGUUUUCUGUGCGAGAUACGCACUCAGUUAGGGAUGGUUGUAUAGAAUUGACACCUUAUAGAGAAAAAUACAAUCUUGUAAAUCGUAGGCGAAUAGACACAGAAACACAAGCGGCAGCUUCCAAAUGUGAUAGAGAGGCUCAAACUGAAUUAAGAUACCCACAAAAUAUGUGGACCCAAUCUAUUGCAGAUGCACUAGGAAGUGUUACAGAGGAUGAAGCUGGAGGAGAUACAGCAAAAAUUGAUGAUGAAAUCGUUGACAAAGAAGAUGAUGGUAGUAGCUCAGAAGAUGAAGCGAAACCACAAGUUGAUGAAGUAGGUAUAGUUGCCUAUAAAUCUGCGUUGAAACGUAUUCGUAGACCUUCCCAUAUGAAACUUUUAAACGAGUUUAUUUCAUCAAAUGUUAAUGAAAUGGACAACGUCAUAGAAUUGAAUACCGUGAUGGAUAUAUAUAGGAAUGAUUAUCUCCUUUUGUCUAACGAGGAAAACAAUAGUUUAUUUGAUACAAUGGCUUUUGAAGAAUAUAUUUGUUUUACAGAUGUAAGAGCAAAAGAUAAGUAUAUUUCAUCCACUGUAUUUCACCCUAUGUGGGCAGGGAUUGUUGCAAUAUCUUACGCUGAUGCAUGCCCUGCAAUCAUGAAAUAUUCAGGGACAAGACCAAAUCCUAUUCAGAGAGCAGUUUACGGUUUAAACCCUGUAAUGAUUUGGAGUCACACUGAUAGUCUUUUACCAAAGCUAUAUUUAGAAGCACCCAGAGAAGUCAAAGUUUUAUCGUUUUGUCCUUUCGAUGAAAAUAUUCUGAUUGGUGGAUGUGUAAAUGGGCAAUUAGUUAUAUGGGAUCUAAAAAAUAAAUUAGAUAUGGUUGAAAAUAUUGAAAUAUUAAGUGAACGAAGAGAAAAAUAUCGCAUAGCAAUGAGCGCACAUAUGGCCUGGAUUAAACCAGUACAUGAAACAAAUGUAGUGCCGGCAACAGCAGUAAGCAGUCUUAUUACGAGUCACUAUGGACCGAUAACAGACAUACAGUGGCUUUCUCCUAAUUUUAACGUCACUCCAACUGGAAAGGUUGUGAUUUCACCAAAUGGUGAAAAAAAUAUGACAGUGUUAACCGGCAGUGAAGAUGGUACUAUUUUAAUCUGGAAUUUAUCACUUGAAAAUGUUAUUAUGUCUACGGAGAGUAAAAAAGUAAAAAAAUCAAAAAGAGUAUUAGUAAAACCAGCAGGUCUAACUACAGAUGUAUCUCCAUACAAGGUAUUAGAUCGUAAUCUUCAGCCACACUUUAAAGUAAUUUUGGGGAUAGCUGGUUCUCCUGACAUAUUGCCACUUCAAAAUUUUGCACUCAAUAAACCCGAAAUUAAAUACAUUCAUGUUCCAUCAAAAAAAGGAACAGGGAGGAAAUAUUUUGAAUGUGAAGUGCUUAGUCAAACAGAGGAAGAUAUUUCUAGGACAUUGUACUGUGGAUCGGUGCAUGGUGAAUUACGGAGAAUAACAUGGGCGGGUCAUGAUUUUAACACAGGAGAAGUGGUCAAUGCUGAGUUUGCUGAUAUUGAUUACAGUUGCAAAUUACACGAUGGGGUGAUAACAACAGUUAUAAAAAGUCCAUUUGUUGAUCAUGUGACAUUGACUGUAGGUGGUAAAAUUUUUGCAAUUUGGUCUGAUAAAUUAUUAGGCAGGCCAUUAAUUUGGAAAAAGCGCCCAUACCGAUUGACCGAUGCAGAUUGGUCGGUGUAUAAGCCCAGUAUUAUUUUCUUAACAACAGUUGAAGGGACUUUGGAGGUAUGGGACUUGUUUUUAAGAAGCGACCAACCGAUAUCUGUACAAACACUCUCAGGAGCAGCACUUACUGGCAUUAUUUCGCACACACUGCCACUUACUAAAAAUAUAACUGGGGUAAGUGAUGUUAAUGGUUCCUUUAAAUUGUGUUUUAAUCCACAAAUAUUUAUGUUAAAUAAAACAUCUUAUCUUGGACGAUUAGAACAUAUGAUUAAUCGAGAGUUGAAUGUGAUGCAAUCAUUUAUAGCAUGGCAAGACAAUUGGUUAGAGACGAAUCCUCACAUUUUGCUAGAAAUAAAGCAGAAAGAAGCUCUUUUGCUAGCUGAAAAGGAGGCAGAAAAACUGUUGUUAAGAGAACAAGAGGAAAAAAGAAUUGAAGAUGCAGCAGAAGCUAAACGGCUGGAAAAACUAAAAGUUGUUGGACCAGAAGAAAAAUGGCAGCAAAUUAUUCAAAAACUAAUUGAAAGAACUAUAGCUGUGAAAAAAAGAAUAAACAGAGCAGAACUUAUUGAACAAGAGAAACCAUUGCGAGAUUUAGAAGCACAGAGAUUGGAAAAAGAACGACGUAUGCAUGAUAUAAUGAAAAAUCAAAAAAAUAUUUUUAAUGAUACGGUAGCAAUACUGUUCCCUGAAGCAAUUAAAAAAAAAGAAAAACCAAAAAAAACUUAUUUGGUGGAUGACAAAGAUAAACUCAAAAGAGAUUAUUUAGAAACCUACAGCAUUUUAAAAAGUGACGCAUUACAAACCGUACACAAUAAUCCUUAUGUGGUUGAAUUUUCAUGGGAAGCUACCCUUGCCGAAGGCAAAGAUAGAAGAGAAGCUCUUACCGCAUCAAAUGAAAUAAUAAAAAUUCAUAAAACAAGAAUAGAAAUUGACGGUGGUAUAUCAUUAAAUGAACAAUCUCUUCAAUCAGUAAAAGACGAUGGAAGCCUUUAUGGUGAAGAUGUUCAAGAACAAGAUGUUACUAGUAAUGAAAUUAAAGUCGAAAAAGAAACGAGUGAGCUAAAAGAUGUUGAAAAAAAGUCUAAGAAAGGAAAAGGAGUAAAAGUAAAGCUCGAUAAAGUAAAAACUAAGAAAGUAGAAAGUGAACUAAUUAAAGAUGAACAGAUGGAUGCAGAAACAAAAGAAGAACCAACUUUAUUGUAAAAUACUUAUUGGUAAUAAAAAAAUAUUGU